AUGGUGCAAGCUUCAGCAGCUUCUGUUUCAGCAAGGGAGAGUGUGAUAGUUGUGAUGGAUGCUAAUAAGAGCAAAGGAAAUAUGGAUGCCUUAGACUGGGCUCUCAAACAUGUCGUUCGCCGCAGAGAUACUGUCAUUGUUCUUGGAGUUUCUUCUGACUUUGGAAAGAAGAAUUCCUGCUUUCCUUUAAAUAUGGGGGAAAGAUUAGAGUUUUCAAGCCAAGGGCAAGGAGAAGCUAGACCGAAAGAGCUCGGAGAAGAAAUUGAGAGGAAAAAAGAACAGUAUCAGAAUAAUCUACAACCGUUCUACAGACAAUGCAAAAAGAAUGAGGUGAAUAUGGAGGUCAAACUUGCUUUUGGAUUUUGUCCUGAGAAAAUAACAGUUGAACAAGCUCAGAACUCCAAUCCCCGUUGGAUUGUAUUAGACAGCUACUUAAAGAAACACAAGGUAGUAAUAUAUGCACAUGUAGGAUGCAAUAUUGCUGUAAUGAAGGGAAAAGAUGUCGCGACUUUGACACCAUCAAGAACCCUGCCUGGAAGUCCCACACAAACGGAUAAUCCUUUAACCACCAAAAAUCAACAACCCGGAGGGGAAAAUCAAGUUAAUGUUAGUUCUUCCCAAGAAGGACAGUCAUCAUCUGCACAACCUAGAAGUCCUUGCUGGUAUCCACUGUCCUGGAGAAGUGGGUUUCCAAGAGCAUUUUCUCAAACUGAGCUUCAAGAAGUAACAAACUGUUUCUCUGAAGAGAACCUUAUUCAGGACCAGGACAACAUAAAGGUUUAUGAAGGGGUUGUUCAGGAAAGUCCUGUACUAGUUAGGUCUUUCUCAGAAGAUGACGAACGAUUCUGGACGAUGCUCAAGAUCCUUUCCCGCGUACGUCACCGGAAUAUUUCGAAUCUUGUUGGUUAUUGCUGCACAGGAACAUCUCUUUUCUUGCUUUCAGACUACCCCUGCUUGGGAACUCUAGAAGUGAACUUGCGGAUUGAUGAUUCAGCUCGGAACCUGCCAUGGAAAGCAAGGUGGUAUAUCGCAAUGGAAAUAGGUGGAAGCUUGCGCUAUCUUCAUGAGGAGUGUAUUGAUGGAGGAGCCAUCGUUCACCUCUCAGUUUGUUCUUCUCAUGUUGUUUUCACUAAUGGCUGCUCUACUAUGCUUACCAACUUCGAGACUGCUAGGUGGAUUAAAGAUGGAUGUACGAGAAAUGAAGAUUCCCAAGCUGUGUGUGCAAGCUUACAGGAAGAAGAAAUUUGUUCUAUUGAUGUGCAUGAUUAUGGGAUGUUCCUGAUAGAGCUUAUCAGUGGAAAGAGUGCUCAUUUCUAUCAUAUCGAAAGCAGAGGGCAAAGCUUGAUUAACUGGGCAUUGCCACUUCUCAAACACGGUCUGAUAAGCGAAGUAUUAGAUGCCAGAUUGGAAGAUAGCAAUGAUGUUAGAGCAGCCCAUCAUAUGGCCAAGGCUGCUUUACUCUGCUUGAAAAAUGAUACAGAUCACAGGAUUUCAAUGAGUCAGGUCCUCGCUGUGGUUCGAGGUGAUCAGCUUGCAAUGGCUAAAUGCUGA